ACAACAACGACACUUCUAUAGUUUAUAAUAGCUAUCAAAUUAGUAGCUAUAAUUCACCUAAUCAAUGGCAGCUUGUUGUGGAUGGCCUAUGAUUUUUAUUGUUCUGUUCUCAUUGUCAGCCAUCACUGAACAUUGCAAUGCUCAGUUAUGCAGCCAAACAGUGUCUCCAACAAAGUACAUUGCUUUUCCAACUCUCUACAAUGGCGUAGUUGUCCUCAGCCCUUCAAUUUGUGAAACAGUGUUAAGUGGUACCCUCUUUCGCUGUGACUAUGCUCACGUUCUAGGAGAUGGAGCAAUGGUUCCCUCUACUCCUGAUCUCAGCAACUCAAUGUAUUUGGGGCAAUUUGUUGCUUGGGAAAGAGGUUCUGCGACCCCUUAUAUUGACUUUGACCUCACUACAGCAACGACUGGAAUUACGACUAUUGAGCUCAGUUUCUUGAACAGUCCGUCCAGUAGAAUCAGUUUGCCAGACAUUGAACUAUCGAGAGUAACAUAUGUACUACCAUCUUUUGCUACAGACACAGAAUCUUCUAUUGCCAGCAGAGUUUUGAACAAUCAAAAUUUAGCUCUAACAGAUAAUCAAGUCAGAACUGUUUUUGUUCGACCAGUGUUCACACAAGCUUCUCUCAACCUCCGAAUCAGUUUUCAGUUCGAUACCCAUGAUUUUGACUGGCUCCUACUCAAUGAAGUACGAUUUUGUACAGAUCCACAACCAAGUUUCAGGCCAGUUGUUAUGUUCCUAGCACCGUUGUCCAAUGUUAUCCAACCUAGUGCAGAGGACCUGACAAGAGGAUCAACAGAGUUAGUGUGCACUGUUUCCAGUGAAGGAUCGUACACAUGGCAGUGGGAGAGAGAUAAUGUUAUGAUAGGGAAUAAUGGCGACUACACAAUCACCAUUGGAGACGGAAGUAGAACAACUAAGCUGAUGAUCAGUAAUCUAGACUUUAGUGAUGCUGCUGAAUAUGAAUGUACGGGAACAAUAGUGGAUUUAUCGAACGUACUGUCUACAAAUUCAUCAAUACAAGACCUUCGAUUUCCAGAGCGUGUGAUCACUGCACCUAAUGUCAGAGGAUAUCUACAGACUAGAGAGGUUACUCUGACCUGUGAGCUCCAUGGUUACCAGUCAUCACCCUCUCCUCCUGUGUGGUUCGACUCGGGUGGCAGUGAAAUAAAUACCACUACAAAAUACACCAUCACUUCUGGUGACGGAGAGAACAUAAUUGUCCUUGAGAAUGGCACUGCUAUCCCUAGUGUGAUUGUUAGCCUUACAAUUCAUUGUCUUUCAUCAGCUGAUGAAGGUACCUACACAUGUCGUGGUGUCAGAGGAGAGAGUAUCACUCAACUUGUGAUUAUAAAUGGUACAGCCCCUUCUACUACUCCACCCCCUACAACGAUAAACGGAGAUGACGAGCAACCUACUUCAACCACUGUUAUUGUUCUGCUACCUGCUGGUACUGUUUACGCUUUAGUGGCAGUCAUAAUCGUAUUAUUGAUAGCUUUGGUUGCUUUCAUCAUUUUGAUUUUGUACCUUCUUUGGAAGAUUAAGAUUCUCUCAGCUCGUUUAUCAGCGCCCAUUCAAACAGACAUUCCACUAUCAGCUCCAAUGCAAGACAGGGAACACACUUCACCUUCUGGGAAUGUGACGUAUGAAGAGAUUGCUGAAAGAACUGAAAUGAAGUUAAAAACUAACGAAAGUUAUGUAGUUAUGUAGUUAUGUUAUGUCUAUGUGUGCAGACAUCUCAAGAUGUUAUUGAAAGUUCUCAGUACGAG